AUGGCAGCUUCAACAUAUUUAUGUUUGUCGCUCACCAUUUCUAUGUUUUUUGUUUCACAUGCCUCUUUACCAACAUUAAACCUAAAAUUCUACCAAAAUGUAUGUAAAAAACCUGGUGAAGUACACUUCGAACAACAAUGUUUGAGACUUCUACAAUCCCACCCUGCACUUAUUGUGGUUAACGACCCUCUUACCUUUGCCAAGUUAUUUGUAAAAACGGUGGCAUUAGACAGGGUAACAAAAGCUCAAGCAUACCUUAAACAAAUGAUGAACAAGUAUCCUUCUUCUCAACCAAUCAAAGAAUGCGCAACCAGUAAGUACAAUACGAUGGUAAUGGAGUUAAAAGGUGUGUUGAUUGAGGAUCCUGAAGCUGUAUGCUUGGUUGUCCAAUAUGCUGGCGAUGCACUUAACGAAUGUCAAACCCUUUUAGCCGAUGAAAAGACAGUUAAUGUUUCUUCCAUUAUUACCUUGAAUAACGACUUGAAGUUUCUUAUUGAUAUUGUAAGAAGAGCAUCAGGAAGUAUAAAAUAUUCAAAUGAAUAA